GGGGAUCAGAAUUGGGAUUAAAAUCGUACGAAAAUCGCUCGGAUGGAUGUAAUCGGACGCGAUUGAGGAGCACCGGCGAUGCCAAGGCUCUCCUGUAGCUGAUCAUCCCAGGGGUUUAAGGACCCUUGUGUAUGCCCUGUCGAUUUCCUGCUCGCCCCCCGAACUGGCCUUCUCCUCCGGGCUUCUCCUUCGUCCUUUUCUGGAUCCGCCCAUCCACCCCACCCCAAGCCACACCCAAAUCAAGACGCUCGGGUGCAUCGAGGUGAAAGAGAACUUGGAAAAGAAGACAGAUUCAUAAAAAAUGGAUGAUUUGAAGGAGAUGAAAGAACACGAGCUACUCAUGAACGUGUGUAUUUAAAGGACUGAGGUGUUCCUGAAAGAGUUUGGAGUGGACAGUGAACUGAACAUUUAUUAUUCUGUCAUUAAUAGCGACACACAUCUUGUACACGCCCAAUACCAAGGUUAAUAAAUCCUCCCGGAACCUUUCUCAGCCACCGCGAUCCCGUAACUCGCUCCUCGCGCUCUCCCCGGCCUCAGGAUGAUGUGCGAAGUGAUGCCCACCAUAUCGGAGGACGGGCGCGGCGGAGGGGGAGGAGGAUCGUCCUCGCCCGCCGGAGGAGGCAGCGGAAUGGGCGGCGGCAUGGGCGGCAUCGGGGGCUACGAGGGUGGCAGCACGGGCAACCUGGAGUCCCUGAUGGUCAACAUGCUGACGGAGAGAGAGCGCCUGCUGGAGAGCCUGAGGGAGACGCAGGACAGUCUGGGUACGGCGCAGCUCCGUCUGAGGGAACUGGGUCACGAGAAGGACUCGCUCCAGAGGCAGCUGUCCAUCGCCCUGCCACAGGAGUUUGCGGUGUUGACCAAGGAGCUGAACGUGUGUCGGGAGCAGCUGCUGGAGAGAGAGGAGGAGAUCGCUGAGCUCAAGGCGGAGAGGAACAACACACGGUUGUUGUUGGAGCAUCUGGAGUGUUUGGUGUCUCGACACGAGCGCUCGUUGAGGAUGACGGUGGUGAAGAGGCAGGCUCAGUCUCCGGCCGGAGUCUCCAGUGAGGUGGAGGUGCUCAAAGCCCUCAAGUCUCUGUUCGAACAUCACAAAGCUCUGGACGAGAAGGUGAGAGAGCGACUGCGAGUGGCUCUGGAGCGAGUAUCCGUACUGGAGGAAGAACUGGAGUCCUCGACAAACGAGGUGCUGACGCUGAGGGAUCAGAUCAAGCGGCGGGAACGUGGACAGGACAACGGCAAAGAGCGUCUCCCGAACGGCCCGUCCUCUCUCCUGGACGACGGAGAGAUCGACAGACAGAGAGAGUGUGAGAUCGAGCGCCAGAGGGCGGAGCUUUCACAGCUCAAGGAGCGACUGGCCCUCAUGUGCAGACAGGUCGGGGAGAUCGAGGAGCAGCUCACAGCCGCCAGAAGGGAGGUGACCAAAACUGAGGAGGCCAAUCAGAAGCUGCAGAGAGAGAUCAAAGAGGCUCUGUGUCAGAGAGAGGACAUGGAGGAGAGAAUCACCACCUUAGAGCGCAGGUACCUGAGUGCCCAGCGUGAGGCCACGUCCCUCCACGACAUUAAAGACAAGCUGGAGAACGACCUGGCCAGCAAGGAGUCCCUCUACAGACAGAGCGAGGAAAAGAACCGACAGCUGCAGGAACGUCUGGACGACGCGAAGCAGAAGCUCCAGCAGACGCUGCAGAGAGCCGAGACGCUGCCCGAGAUCGAAGCUCAACUCGCCCAGAGAGUAGCCGCUCUUAACAAGGCCGAGGAGCGGCACGGAAAUUUCGAGGAGCGCCUACGCCAGCUGGAGGCGCAACUGGAGGAGAAGAACCAGGAGCUGCAGAGGGCGAGACAGAGGGAAAGGAUGAACGAUGAACACAACAAGCGUCUCUCAGACACUGUGGAUAAACUUCUGUCUGAGUCGAACGAGCGUCUGCAGCUUCACCUCAAGGAGCGCAUGGCGGCCCUGGAGGAGAAGAACGCUCUGUCUGAGGAACUCGCCAACAUGAAGAAGAUCCAAGAUGAUCUGCUGGCAAACAAGGAUCAGCUGAUUGCCGAACUGGAGCGGCUGCAGCUGGAACUGGACCAGUUGAAGGGCAGGUCCAGCUCCUCGUACUCUCGGUCUCUCCCCGGCAGUGCUCUGGAGCUCAGGUACUCUCAGGGAGGCGGAUCCCUACCUGCGGGCUCCACCGCUCACCUGGAUCACUAUGGCAGCACCGGCUCGGGGAGCGUGGUCAGACGGUCCCACCGAAGCCGCUGGAGUGGAGCCAGAGAGGACGCCAGCAAGUACGGAGACUGGGACAGCGGCACUCUGCUGGGACCGGGCUUCGAGGGCGGAGUCGAGGGCGGCUGCUCGGACGAAGAUGAGGACCGCGAGACGCUGUUCGGGUCGGAGCUGCUGUCUCCCAGCGGCCAGACGGACGUCCAGACGCUGGCCAUCAUGCUACAGGAGCAGCUGGAGGCCAUCAACAAGGAGAUCAAGUUGAUCCAGGAGGAGAAGGAGAACACCGAGCUGAGGGCCGAGGAGAUCGAGAGUCGGGUGAGCGUGGCUCUGGACGGACCCCCGAUUCCUCCGUCCUCUCUGGGCAGGGACGCCAGCGGCAGGACCUUCAUCCCGUCCUCCCUCACCUCCUCCACGCUGGCGUCCCCCUCCCCGCCCAGCUCGGGUCACUCCACCCCCCGCCUGGCCCACUCUCCGGCACGCGAGACCGACAGACAGAACAACAAGGACGACGACAGGUCUCUCGCUCUGCUUGACUCCACCCCUCCGCCCACUCCUCGCGCUCUGCGAUUGGACAGAAUGAGCCACACCCACCCCGGGGCCAUGCUGGACGACAGCCGUGAGUUCCGCAGUCUCUCAGCGGACGGCAGCAGCUCGAACAGCAGUCAGGACUCCCUGCACAAGGCCAGCAAAAAGAAGAGCAUCAAGUCUUCCAUCGGCCGACUCUUCGGCAAGAAGGAGAAGGGACGCAUGGGUCAGCCGGGCCGCGAGUCCGCCUCGCUGGCCUCCACUCCUUCUGAAGAUCUGGGCACCGUGGACCCUCUUGGCCUCACCAAGAUGGCCGGCCCCGUGGACAAGGACCGGCGCAGCAAGAAGAAGCACGAGCUGCUGGAGGAGGCGUGUCGUCAGGGAUUACCCUUCGCGUCCUGGGACGGCCCCACCGUCGUCUCCUGGCUGGAGCUGUGGGUGGGGAUGCCGGCGUGGUACGUGGCGGCGUGUCGUGCCAACGUGAAGAGCGGCGCCAUCAUGGCCAACCUGUCGGACACGGAGAUCCAGCGCGAGAUCGGCAUCAGUAACCCGCUGCACCGCCUCAAGCUGCGCCUCGCCAUCCAGGAGAUGGUGUCCCUGACCAGCCCGUCCGCCCCCGCCAGCACGCGCUCCUCCACCAGUAACGUGUGGAUGACCCACGCCGAGAUGGAAUCUCUCACCACGGCCACCAAACCGGAGCUGAAGGAGUUCAGCUGGGAUCAGAUCCUGGCGUACGGUGACAUGAACCACGAGUGGGUGGGUAACGACUGGCUGCCCAGUCUGGGCCUCCCGCAGUACAGGAGCUACUUCAUGGAGUCGCUGGUGGACGCCCGCAUGUUGGACCACCUCACCAAGAAAGAGCUGCGUGGCCAACUUAAGAUGGUGGACAGCUUCCACAGGGUGAGCCUGCACUACGGCAUCAUGUGUCUGAAGAGGCUGAACUAUGACCGGAAGGAGCUGGAGAGGAGGAGAGAUGAGAGUCAGCACCAGAACAAAGAUGUGAUGGUGUGGUCGAACGAGCGCGUGAUGUGCUGGGUUCAGUCCAUCGGCCUGAAGGAGUUCGCCGAUAACCUGGCCGAGAGCGGCGUGCACGGAGCCCUGCUGGCCCUCGACGACACCUUCGACUACACCGACCUGGCGCUGCUGCUGCAGAUCCCCAACCAGAACACGCAGGCACGCCAGCUCCUGGAGAAGGAGUACAACACCCUGAUCGCCAUGGGAACCGAGAGGAGGCCUGACGAAGACGGCACAAAGACCUUCACUCGCUCUCCAUCCUGGAGGAAGAUGUUCCGCGAGAAGGACCUGAGAGGGGUCACCUCGGAUUCGUCAGAAACGCUGCCCGCCAACUUCCGCGCCUCGGCCAUUUCCACUCCCUCGGUCACCCUGCGCAAGGUGCAGAGUGAAGUGUCUCCGAGAGGCGAGUCGGCAUCAGUGAGAACGUAUUCCUGCUGAAAGCCUCGAUAGGGGGCGUCACGAGCACACGGAGAGGAGAAGAAAAAAACACAACAAGCAAUGCGUAUAUGUAUGUACAUUUCCAACCCUAAAACCAACCGGUCGGAUCAUCCUGCAAUAACAGAUAACGGAGCCGGGUGAGAAGAACGAAGGAAAAUAAAAAUAAAUAAAUAAAUAAAAAUAGAACUGGAGGACUGCAGACGUGACGAAUGUAUGACGUAGAGAGACGUAACGACCGGCGCCGGAGGACUUUAUAGAAAAUCUUUCACUCUAUUAGCUCGAUCUAGCUCUCGUCCCUUCCUGUCUGUGCCAUGCCGUUUCCGUCUCUCGUCCCUUUUAUCCAAACUGCCACCGUUUCUCAUCGGAUCCGCCCGACCCUGCGCUCUUUCACUCGGACCGACCCGGCGCCCUGACGCCCGUCCGCCCGGAUGGAACCACGCGGGAGAAAAAAGACGGAGAGAUUCGCCGAGGCGGCCUCGUUAAGUCAGGAGUCACCGCGAGAGGUGGCAUCGCUCCUCCGCUCCUGCUCAGAAAGGGGCCCUAAAGCAUUAUGGGAUCUCCCAUAACACCAGGCUUUCAUCUCGGCUGGCGUUUAAAAGUAAAAGAAGAAAAAAAAACAGCACGGGCGGCAACAUUCGCGGCGUCCUGUCGGCGAAACGGAGAACGAAGGCGAGACAAGACGAGACGAGAGGUGUGAAAUCUGAGGCGUCCUCCAAGCCCCAACAGCAAGCCAUACCGGAGGACGGAGAACGAAAAUAGAAGAGGAAACGAACAAACAGGAAGCGAACCGUUAAGCUUUUAUGUUGUUUUUUGCGAUGCAUGUCAAGCGUUCACGGCGGCGGAGACUCGACGAAGAGCUCGACCCGCGGGUCCGUGAGACGACGCCAAUCCCAAACCCAAAAUAAUAACUCCACGUACGGUACCGACGUGCGGCGCCGCGAGCCCCGGGAACAAUUUGUAUAAUGGUGUGUAUUUUCAUUUUUAUUUUUGAUUUUGUAUAAUAAUGAUAUUUAUUUUCUUUAAGUACGUAUGGAACCGUAUGUACACGUUCAUUUAUUACCUGAUCCUGACUGUAAGUUUGAUUUUAUCUAGUUCAAAAGCGUAAAGAUCUAAAAGAAAAGAAAAAAAACUAUAAAAACUUCGGUCGUAUGAAAUUAUGCUACUCGUAUAACGUGUACAUUUCGAGGACGGGCGAGGACGAACCCCCCCUCCCGGAAAAUAAGAGCGGUCCCGGCGGUACCUCGGGUCAGGGGCUGAGGGACUCUCCGAGCAUGUUUUGGGUUUCGUGUGUCGUACGUGUGUGUGUGUGUGUGUGUGCGUGUGUGUGCGUGCGUGUGAGUGUAUGUUCCGUUGUUAUUCGCUGCAACCUAAGACCGAGGACAUGUAUGUAUGUUUGCAAAAAAAAAACAGAAGGUAUUUGUACAUGUGCAAAUAUAUUCAUUAUGAAUUCA